GCGGCUCCGGAGGCGGCGGCGGCGGAAGCGGCGAGGGCGGCGGGCGUCCGGCUCUGAGGUGGAGGCGGCGGCAGCAGCAGCAGCGGCAGCGGCUCGGGACUGGGCUCGGCUAGGAGGAGCGAGGGUCGGGGCGCCGCGGAGAGCGCCAAUCCCCUGGCUCGACCCUCGGCCCGCCGCCCGGACGCCUGGGCCGCGGAGUUUGUGUCCCGGCUCGGACCCCGGCGCCCAGCCCGGAGCCGUAACCUUGAGGCGGCGGCGGCGGGGCCGGGCCGGGCCGGGCCGGGGGGCGGCGGCGCUGGAUCCGCGGCUGCACGAUCGCUGGCGGGAGAUGUCGAACCCCGGGACGCGCAGGAACGGCUCCAGCAUCAAGAUCCGUCUGACAGUAUUAUGUGCCAAGAACCUUGCAAAGAAAGACUUCUUCAGACUCCCUGACCCCUUUGCAAAGAUUGUCGUGGACGGGUCUGGGCAGUGCCACUCAACCGACACUGUGAAAAACACAUUGGACCCAAAGUGGAACCAGCACUAUGAUCUAUAUGUAGGGAAAACUGAUUCUAUAACCAUCAGUGUGUGGAACCACAAGAAAAUUCACAAGAAGCAGGGAGCUGGCUUCCUCGGCUGUGUGCGGCUACUCUCCAAUGCCAUCAGCAGAUUAAAAGAUACGGGAUACCAGCGUUUGGAUCUAUGCAAACUAAAUCCCUCAGAUACUGAUGCAGUUCGUGGCCAAAUAGUGGUCAGUUUACAGACACGAGACAGGAUAGGUACCGGGGGCCCGGUGGUGGACUGCAGAGGACUGUUAGAAAAUGAAGGAACCGUGUAUGAAGACUCGGGGCCCGGAAGGCCGCUCAGCUGCUUCAUGGAGGAGCCAGCCCCUUACACAGACAGUACUGGUGCUGCUGCUGGCGGAGGGAACUGCAGGUUCGUGGAGUCCCCAAGUCAAGAUCAAAGACUUCAGGUGCAGCGACUUCGAAAUCCCGAGGUGCGAGGUUCACUACAGACACCUCAGAACCGACCACACGGCCACCAGUCACCGGAACUGCCUGAAGGCUAUGAACAAAGAACCACAGUACAGGGGCAAGUUUACUUUUUGCACACACAGACUGGAGUCAGCACAUGGCACGACCCCAGGAUACCCAGUCCCUUGGGGACCAUUCCUGGGGGAGAUGAAGCUUUUCUAUACGAAUUCCUUCUACAAGGCCAUACAUCCGAGCCCAGAGACCUUAACAGUGUGAAUUGUGAUGAACUCGGACCACUGCCACCAGGCUGGGAAGUCAGAAGCACAGUUUCUGGGAGAAUAUAUUUUGUAGAUCAUAAUAACCGAACUACCCAGUUUACAGACCCAAGGUUACACCACAUCAUGAAUCACCAGUGCCAACUCAAGGAGCCCAGCCAGCCGCUGCCCCUGCCCAGCGAAGGCUCUCUGGAAGACGAGGAGCUUCCUGCCCAGAGAUAUGAACGAGAUUUAGUCCAGAAGCUAAAGGUCCUCAGACAUGAACUGUCACUUCAGCAGCCCCAGGCUGGGCAUUGCCGCAUCGAAGUAUCCAGAGAAGAAAUCUUUGAGGAGUCUUAUCGUCAGAUAAUGAAGAUGCGACCGAAAGACUUGAAAAAACGUCUCAUGGUAAAAUUCCGAGGAGAAGAAGGUUUGGAUUAUGGUGGUGUGGCCAGGGAGUGGCUUUAUUUGCUGUGCCAUGAGAUGUUGAAUCCGUAUUAUGGACUCUUCCAGUAUUCUACGGACAAUAUUUACAUGUUGCAAAUCAAUCCAGAUUCUUCAAUCAACCCUGACCACUUGUCUUACUUCCACUUCGUGGGUCGGAUCAUGGGCCUGGCUGUGUUCCACGGACACUACAUCAACGGGGGCUUCACCGUGCCCUUCUAUAAGCAGCUGCUGGGGAAGCCCAUCCAGCUCUCGGAUUUGGAAUCGGUGGACCCCGAGCUCCAUAAGAGCUUAGUGUGGAUUCUAGAGAACGACAUCACCCCCGUGCUGGACCACACGUUCUGCGUGGAGCACAAUGCUUUUGGGCGCAUCCUUCAGCACGAACUGAAGCCCAACGGUAGAAAUGUGCCCGUCACGGAGGAAAACAAGAAAGAAUAUGUCCGGUUGUAUGUAAAUUGGAGGUUUAUGAGAGGAAUUGAAGCCCAGUUCUUAGCUCUUCAGAAAGGGUUCAAUGAACUCAUUCCCCAGCACCUACUGAAGCCUUUCGACCAGAAGGAACUAGAGUUGAUAAUAGGCGGCCUGGAUAAAAUCGACCUGAACGACUGGAAGUCGAACACGCGGCUGAAGCACUGUGUGGCUGACAGCAACAUCGUCAGGUGGUUCUGGCAGGCGGUGGAGACGUUUGAUGAAGAAAGGAGGGCCCGGCUCCUGCAGUUUGUGACUGGGUCCACAAGAGUCCCUCUCCAAGGCUUCAAGGCUUUGCAAGGUUCUACAGGCGCGGCAGGGCCCCGGCUGUUCACCAUCCACCUCAUAGACGCGAACACAGACAACCUUCCGAAGGCCCACACCUGCUUUAACCGGAUCGACAUCCCACCUUAUGAAUCCUAUGAGAAGCUCUAUGAGAAGCUGCUGACAGCCGUGGAGGAGACCUGUGGGUUUGCUGUAGAGUGAAGAGCAACCAAAGGCAACAGAGUCUAGCUCACGACCACCAGACCAAAAGCAUACAGCUUCUGCGUGCCUCCCGCGAAGCUGGCUGAGGCCCUGGAAUUCCGGAUCACCUGAGGGAAAAGGGUUGUCUCCCUCCUUUUCAUUGGGGGAGGGGGACAGGAGACUUUCAUUGGUGGCUCCCACCCAUAUAUCCCUCCUUUAUUAUAGUACUCCCAACCCCCUUCCAUCACCCAUCCAAUAAAAUGCAGCCAGGUUUAGCCUUUGGCCUUGGUCACACAGGAUAUUCUGCGGUGGUUGCAGCCCACGUGGUGAUAAGGCUCAUGGCCCCGUGCGCUUUACAGGAGCAUCAACCAACCCACAGAUGGGGGACUGAGCUGGGCUUCUUGAGGGCUUGGAGCUGGUAGCGAUACCAAUUAUUCCAUCUCAAACAGCCUCGAGGCCCCUUUCCACAUCCCGCAGCUGCUGGAAAUCUUACCAGAGCUCAGAUUCCAAAUUUCACAUCCUCUACGCCUGUUCUGGGUAGCAGAUUAAUUUCUAACUGAACAAUAUAUGCUUAUUGGAAUUCUGCCACAGCAGGAAGCCUGAGUCAAAACGUGUUUCCCCUUUGAAAGGUGAAGGAAUUGGAGCAGCUUUCACUGGAGGCCCAGGGUAUUUUAUUUUCAGGGUAUCCUGGCUGAAAAUUUUGUUUUGCACAAAGAAAAAUGAUCUUUCCUUUUAAGAGUCCCUUUUGCUGCAUUAUCUGAAAUUUUUCCAGAGAAAACAUCACUUAACAGAGCUUAUAAAAGAACAGACCCAAACCAGCCCCAGAGCCAACCAGUCAGUCCCAAAGUUGUGACUCCUAUGCCACCGUUGUAUGUAGAGGAACAUUGAGUAUGUCACUUAAAAAUAUUAACAAACUAUGAUGUGGUAAUUGCUGAGAGCUAAACUAACAAAUCAAUAUCGUGUUAUCAUAGCUGCUGCCUUGAUGUGCACUAGCUUAAAAGCAAGGGGGAAAGGGUGACCUCCGUGACAUAAAUCCUCCCAAAGUGUUCUUGUUUUAUAAAAAGUAGGGCAUGGAUGCAAACCUGUGGCCGCAGAGGGAACAACACACUGACUCAUUUGGCCCUUUCCCCAAUGGCAGAUGGCGACACUAACAACUGCUAUUCGAUUCACUUGCCUAAGUGUCUUUGUAUGACGAGCAAGGCCAAAGCAAGCCUAGACUCAAAGUUUCUAACACCAUUUCCAAUUUGCAUAAAAGUUCAAACAGUAUUUUAUCUUAAAGUGGCUUGAUUUCAGAUAGCUAAAUUUCAGUGAAAAACAGCAGCAGCGACAAAUUUUCCUGUAUGGUUUGUUGUUUUGUUUGGGGGUGGGGGCGAGUACAGGGUAAUCCUCUAGCGAGACAUUUCACUGCUGCCAAAGUCUUGGAGUUGAGCAUUGGGCUCCAGCUGUGGGGCUGAGGUGGCCUAGGAAGGACCUUUUGGACGACUGUUUUAUCUGUUCUUUUUUGUUACUGUUACCUGUAGACCGUGGUGGUGGCUUUGGAGGGACACUUGCCCUGCAUCCUGCUGUGGCUCCGUUCCCUGCCCCAGAAGUGGUUUGGGGUUGAUGUGGGGCUGCUCAGCGCUGCAGGUCACAGACUCUCCCCCGAACGAGAGGUCUGCCCCCUUUGCUGUGCCGCCGGCUCCGAGAGCUGCAAGAGAGCCACACCUCUGCGCUGCUGAGCUUCUAGAAUAGAAGGGAUGCCAAGUGGGACUUGCUGCAGGAGGAAAGUCUAAUCCAUUCAAAAAGUCCAGGCCAAAUUGCAGGCUCAGUCUCUUCCACAAACUCUGCCUUGCCCCGGGCUUACCUGGUGUGUCACUCACAGUGACGCUUUCUGAGGGUGUUCUAGAAACUGGUUCCCCAGUGAGACUAUCCAGUCUUCCCUUAAUCUUCCUCUUGAAGGUGAGGAAAUGAAAAUUCCAGACCUCCCCCCGAGAUUCUGCUCCCAAACACGAGCCUACACGGAGGGAGGCAGAAAGGAGCUAUCAGAGAACUGACUUGGAGGCGCCGCCUGGUGGUGUCGCCCCAGAUCUGCAGUCAUUAGGAAGGAAACCAGGGUCUCGUGGCUUAAAGACUUUGAAGCAGGAAUGUUGCAUUUGAUGCCUUUAAAACUACCUUCUUGCUGUUGGGAGGAGUAGGGGCGAGCCUUAGAAGCCACAUCCACCAGCCCCAUGCCGGUCGGUGCUGCCUCUCGUGGGUCAGGUGUCGCUUGCGCCUAGAGGGGCCUCCUCUCUGGCCUGGCAGACACAAGUCCCCAUCCCGCACAGGCCUCGUCUCUGCUUUUCUACUUGCACUUGCGAGUGGGUUUGCCGCCCCCUUCUCGGGCACCGCCAUAGCUGUGUGAGUGUCACAGACCUUUUCAGAGCUCCAGUUCACUCUUCCCAAGCAGGCCUCUCCGUCGGUGGCAUUGCACUUCCAGAACCUUAAAUACCUACAACGGUUUGGUCUUUUUAAACCACCCCAAAGAACACAAGGUGGCAAGCAAGGGGUCAGAGCUCCUGACUGCUCCACUUUGGGUCUGCGUGAAGCCCAUUCAUGUGUGAUCUCGUUUGUCGCCCCUCUCAGUGGUCCCAGACGACCCACCCACUCCCCCUGCCCCUCUGCCUCGAUGCUUCAGGGGCGCGACUUUGCAGGCUUGUCCUCACCAGCGGUCAUCAGCCGACACUCAGGGACGUAGCAAACCACCCCUCUGCCAGUGCUUCCGUAGGAAAGGCCAGGGCUGCCUGGGGCGCGUGGGGUGACAGGGAACAGCUCUCCUGAGUUCUGAAGGAGUAUCUGCCACCAGAUCGAGUUUUGACCCCUCAGCUUAUUCAGCCGUGUGGUCCAAAUUCAGGCUAGGCGGUCAGCAAGUCUGACACGAUAGGAAUGGCCUUCUGCAGAGAAGACGCCGCCCCCAUCCCACCUGCAGCCAGGUGUGUGCCGCACGGCAGCCUUCCCGAAACAUAGUAUGAAUUUUUAAGAUUUGUUUAUUUUUGUUUCUCAACCACUUUAUAAUGUAUUUUUUAAUUUAUUUUGUAAUGUCUUGUUUUUAAGUAUUGCUGCUAUCCUUGUUAUUCUUCCCACUGUUUUUAUUGCUGAUUUAUUUUGUGAAAGUUGUACACUAAUGUUGUUUUAUGUCAAAAAUCAAAAGUAUUUAAAGAAAUACUAGUUCUAUUUAACAUGGUUAUGGAACCAGCUGGAAACACAAAACAAACAGUGAUUGUACAGCAGGCUGGACCCGGGAGGUCAGGUUCAUUUUGUUACAUAUGCAAUAAACUCACAACUUUACA